AUGUAUGAUUUUCCUCGAUGCAAACAAGCUUUCGUGGAUCACCACGAAGCUUCCACGCUUACACACUUGCAAGAGAUUUUCUUGACCCCCUUCCCCGACAACCUCAAUGAGAUCUCUCUCUCUCUCUCUCUCUCUUUCUCUUUGCAUAAUUCGAGUCACUCACUCACACAUUCUCCCUCUCUCCCCACUCUCUCUUUCUCUCUCCCUCUCUCUCUUUCUCGUUGCAUAAUUGAAGUCUCUCUUUUUCGUUAUAUAAUUGGUAGUCACUCAUUCACACAAUCCCCCCUCUCCCUCUCUCGUUAUAUAAAUAAAGUCUCUCUUUUUCGUUAUAAAAUCGGUGGUCUCUCUGGCUCUCUUUUCCGUUAUAUAAUCGACGGCCUCUCUCUCUCUCUCUCUCUCUCUCUCUUUCGUUAUAUAGUUACUGGUCUCUCUUUCUGUCUUUCCUUAUAUAUUUGA